CUUACGGGCACCCCCAUGAGAGCAGAGAGACUUUCAAACAGCUGGCUGGAUGUUCGUCAUAUUGAAAAAUACGUAGACCAAGGGAAAAGUGGAACCCGAGAAUUACUGUGGUCCUGGGCACAGAAAAACAAGACCAUCGGUGACCUCCUGCAGAUUCUUGAGGACAUGGGGCAUCAUCGAGCUAUUCAUUUAAUCACAAAGCACGGAACAGGCAUGCAUCCCUUAAAGCAGAGUCAUCAGGAAUAUGGAUUUCCAAAGAUAUCAGCCAAGAUAGAGCAGAAAACAGCCAAUGUCCCAGUGGAUAAUGCUCUUACUCCUGAACAUAAUGAAACAGGAAUAUUGCUUAAAUUCCCCAUCAGCUUUCAAAACAUCAUAGAAGGAAGCAGAAAUUUCCACAAAGACUUCCUAAUUGGCGAAGGGGAGAUUUUCAAGGUAUACAAGGUGGAGAUUCGAAACCAAACAUAUGCCAUUAAAUUAUUUAAACAGGAGAAAAAACUGCAAUAUAAAAAACAUUUGAAGAAAUUUUUAUCUGAAAUUGAAGUUUUACUAUUGUUUCGCCAUCCAAACAUACUAGAGUUGGCUGCAUAUUUUACAGAGCCUGAGAAGUUCUGUCUGGUAUAUCCAUAUAUGAGAAAUGGAACACUUUUUGACAAAUUGCACUGUGUGGGUGAUGCAGCCCCACUCUCUUGGCACACCCGGAUGAGUAUACUAAUCGGUGUCUCCAGAGCCGUCUGGUAUUUGCACAGUACUCAGCCCUACUCAGUCGUCUGCGGCAGUAUAUCCAGUGCAAAUAUACUUUUGGAUGAUCAAUCUCAACCCAAACUAACUGAUUUUGCCAUGGCACACUUCCGACACCACCUGGACCAACAGAGUUCAACUAUAAACAUGACCAGCAGCAGCAGUAAAUGUCUAUGGUACAUGCCAGAAGAAUAUAUCAGACAGGGAAAGCUUUCUACAAAAACAGACAUCUACAGUUUUGGAAUUGUAAUAAUGGAAGUUCUGACAGGUUGUAAAGUGGUGUUAGAUGAUCCCAAACAUAUUCAGCUGCGGGAUCUCCUUAUGGAAUUGAUGGAGAAGAGAGGCCUCGAUUCGUGUCUGUCAUUUCUAGAUAAGAAAGCACAUCCCUGUCCUCGCAACUUCUCUGCUAAGCUGUUCUCCUUGGCAGGCCAGUGUGCUGCAACUCGGGCCAAGUUAAGACCCUCAAUGGAUGAAGUCCUAAAUGCUCUUGAAAGCGCUCAAGUCAGCUUGUAUUUUGCAGAAGACCCACCCACAUCACUCAGGUCCUUCAGGUGUCCUUCUCCUCUAUUCCUGGAUAACGUGCCAAGUAUUCCAGUGGAAGAUGAUGAAAGCCAGGUUAAUCAUUCACCACCUCAUGACAGAGGUUUGAGGCAAGAUAGAACAACUCCGAACAUCCCUUUUGAGUGCAGCCAGUCUGAGGUUACAUUUCUGGGUUUGAACAGAAAGACCGGGAGAAGCAAAGAUGCUUGCAACAUGCCCAGUUUUCCUUCUGAGGAAAGUUGGUCCCCAAAGCACACACCUUCAUCCCAUGACUUACAGGCCACUGAGGUAACUUUGGACUCUUCUUUUGAAGCCCCAAGCCAUUCUUGUAGCUUACAGAAGCAGGCUGGUGCAGACGAGGUGCUCCUCUGAACUUUUCUGGAAUGAACAUGAACAAUAAAAAAAAAGAAAAAAACCCAACCGAAAAAAAAAAAAAAAAAAACAAGUGUCACUGUGGCACUUGUGCAGAGGAUUUCACCUUGGAGAAAACAUGGUCGCCAUGUGAAUGGCCAGCGGCACUUUGGGUACUGCAAAUAAACACUAAGGACAUUCCAUUCCUUCCUUCCCAAGCCGAAACAGAGUGACUUAAGCAGGUGUUUUGUCAGAGCAGUGGCCUCAUGAUCAAACAAAUGAGACCCAUUCACAAUUACUGAAGACCCUGUGCGCUAACAACAGCCAAACAAAGCAAUCAGAACCUACCAAGGAAGGACUGGAUUCUCGUGUCCAGAAUCACCCAAAUGGAUCCUCAGAACCAUCUCAGCUAAGGAUGUUCAGUUGGAUCCUGUUGAUUGGUUUAGUUUGCUGGUGAAGGAAAUGUGUAAUUUGUAAGUGUUAGUAGAUGUCUUCUGAAAGAAUUGCUUCUUUUUUUUUUUUUUUUAACUGUGACUGGCCCCUAGUACUUGGCUAGGUAGGGCAUGCUUUGUGCAGAGAUGGGAUUCCUGCCAAAGAUCUGUAUUUCUGUAUUCAAACUCUUAGGCUGUUUUAUUACAUAUAAUCUAGUUGUUGACUAUUUGUACUGACUUUUACUAAUUCAGAGACCUAUCAUAUCUUGAGAAGCAGGUAAGCAAGUAAGUGUUGUUGGUGAGAAAAUAACUGGUCACAGAGUCUAGGUCAGCUUUUUGUUAUUCCAGCUGUGUUCUUGGAUCUCCCCUAUUGAAAUCCUAAUCAGUUGUUUGUCUCUACCAAACUCUCAUCCUCCAGGAGGCCUCCUUAAUCUCUUCAGCCAGAAGUGUGCACUUUGUCAGCAUUUCCAUAGUAAUUUCUUUGUAUUUCUGCUUUAUACUUGUCAUUUUCUGAAUUAUGUCAAAGUUGCUCAUGUUAUCCUGUCUCUCUUACUAGACUGGAAAUUCUUUAUACUGUAUUCAUUUGCUGUUGUUAUUGUAGCAAAUGGUAAAUUUACCGGCAUAAAACAUCUCAGCUCUAGAGGUCCAAAGGCUGUGGCAUUGCUUGUGGAGGCUCUAGGGAGGAGGCCUUUGUCUGCCUUUUCUAGCCUCUAGUGAGUCACCUGCCUUUCCCAGCUCAUGGCCUCUUUCCAUUAAAAUGACCCAGAGGGCUUGGUUAAAAACUCAAUGUGCAGGGUCCCACCUGAAUGGUCUGUUCAUUCAGUCUCAGGUUAGAAAUUGAUUUGCUUUUGGUUCCCAGUUGGUUUUGAGGCUGCCAAGGUGAAGCCUGCCGCUCAAGAACCACUGCCUUAGUACUUUCUCAAAUUCUUAUAUAUCAGCAGAUUCUACCAUAUAUAUUAGGCUAAAAGAUCACUUAUUUUAUUUUUUUUUUUGUAUUCACUCUCGUACUUUGGAUAUUGGUCAGCAUGGAGCAGGAACUCUAGGAAUGUUGACUAAUGAUCCUAUGAAGUGUCUAUUUUGCACAGUUAAAGACUCAGUCAGAUUAGCUCACAGUGAUCUGAUUAAUGAUGUGGUAGGCAGAUGUUGCUGAAAAACACCUGACCUUCCACUGAAUGAUUCAGUCCUCCUGACUAGAUUUGGCUUCUAGUGAGUGCAUGUUAAUUGAUAGGAAGGAAAUCUUGCAAUCUGCAAUAGGUGAUCAGAGAGUACCUUCUUGGCUUCCUGAUGUGGAAACUAAGAUAUAUGAAGAGACCAAGAGUGAGCUUCUGUGCCUGUGAUGUGCAAACUUGAAUUUACGUACACGAUUUUGCUUAUCAAAGGGAGCAGUAGUAAGAACCUGUAAUCCCAGCUACUCAGGAGGCUGAGGCAAGAAGAUAAUAAAUUUGAGAUGAGCCUGAGCAAUUCAGCCAGACUCUGUCUCAAAAUAAAAAAUACAAAGUCCUUCAGAUGAGGCUCAGCUGUACACUCCCAGCCUAACAUGCUUGAAGACCUAGGUUCAAUCUGUAGGACCACCAAAAAUAAAAGUAAUCUACUCAUCCUGUUUUCUGUGUUUCUUAGUUUUUAGGUUGAAAGAUCACUUAUUUUAUUUUUUGCAUUCACUGUUUUAUAAUUCCCUAAAAAACAUGGAGAAACUGUUUUGCCAGUUUGAAAUAAGUAUGGAUUUCUAACAGUUUUAUUGACUUUUUGAGUAUUGUGAGGAUUUGUGAUCCCUCGCACAACAGUGUCGCUUUAUGGCAUGGUACACCAGCCUAUAUAGGACAACUGUGGAGACCCAUGGGCCUUUCAGAUUGGACAUGAGAAUUGUUGACAGUAGCAGUCAUUAAGCAUCUUAGAGAAUGAGGCACUGUGUUAGCUAGCAAGCUGGUGUCCAAGUAGGGAGCGUGGUAGUAAGCAGGGGGACAUCUACUUAAGCUGUGUAUUUGAUACAAUCUAUUAUUUGAGGCAUACAUCAGUGAACUGAAAGUAAAUGCUGAAAGGUGGAAGAUAAGUAGAUCACUGUACACUUUGGAGAGAAUGAAGAAGCUUCUUGGAGAUGCAUUUUGAAAAGAGAAAAAGGACUAAAAGAAGUGCAAACAAUCACUUAAGAAGCACUCUCCAAUGGUUGCCCCAGGAAUGGGGAUGUGGCCUUCCCAUCUCUGGCCAUGAGGAUAGGUGAGGGUGUUGGCAACAGGAUGUAGAGCUUUGGGUGUUUUUUCAUGCUUAGUCCUUACAGCCUCCCUGAAGAUGUGAGUUCCACCUCACAGAUGAAGAAACUGACUCAGGGAAGUUAAAGAACUUCACAGAGGUCCUCCCAGAUUUGGAAAUCGUAGCAGGAUUUGUCAGACUCCAAAGUCUUUGAUCUUGCUAGUAUUCCAUAUUGCACAAAAAAAGUCACUGGGAACUCAAGCCUAUCAAGGGUGUGGAUGUGAAAAGUGACUUGUCAGUUUUCCACGUUUGUCAUAGGCCUACAAGGCUUCUCAUCACUUCUGCGUUUUCCAGCAUCCUGCCCCUCUGCUGGAGCCAUGUGCCCCGACACUUAUAGGAUGUGGCUUAAGUAAAUCCGUCCAUCAAUUUUCUAAAUGAAUAUUUAUCAGUGACCUCCAUUAUAUCAGGCUAGUAGGACCUGAGGAUGUGGUGAAAGUCAAAACCAACAAAUAUCCCAUCCACAUGGAGUUUUACUUGAGUGCAUAGAUUCCAGCAUAUUCUCCUGUUAUAGGCCCCAUCUUCUCUCUGAGCUUCUCCUAAGGGAUUCAGACAAGUUUCCUCCUUAUCUAUUGUGUAGUUUGCAAUCCCAGAAUGCCCUAUUGCCUUGCUGUUAGAGUGCUCUAAGCAGCAUAUGGCAUAUUUUGUGGCAGUCACGACAGACUAUUUUUCUAUUAAAAAUUUCUUUGGGGCAUUUAUUUGGCUACUAAUGGCAUCUUCAGCAUGCUUUUCCUAAAGGGUCUGAAGUUCUACCUAAAUCUCACCCCGUGUAUUACAUAAUGCUGGGAUUGCCUGUAGAAUUAUUUUUCCUCCUUUGCAAAAUUGAAAGUUCAAGUCUGUGUCCUGCUUAUUUUGUGUCCUUAUUGGAUAGUAUACUACCUGGCAUGUAAUAUGGCCCAAUAAAUAGUUGUAAGAAGUGAAUCAGGCAGUUCUUCAGAACAUCCUCAGACCCAUUUGUUAUACCAGUGGUGGUGAGCUAUGGCCUGCGUGGUGCUACUGAAAGCUCUGAAAAGGGCACAAUCACUGGUGUAUCUAGGUGAAGGCUGUAAUCCAAACUGCACCCAGUUUCUCUUUCUAGUAUUCAUACUAGCAUCAGUCAUUUGCUUACAUGAUUCUAUUUCAUUAUUCUUGGAUUAAAGUUAUUAAUUUAAAAUACUAAUAUCUAAAAUAUCUUUGAUAAAAGAAAUUAGACCUUGUAUAUAUUGCAUAUGAAUUUUUCCUAUAGUGGAAAACAUUCCAAACCAUGUUAAGCCAUGAUAGGCCAAUAUUUUGGUAGGGAAUGAAUUCAUGUUUGUUGUGUUCCACCUUUUUGUCACAAAAUAUUUAUUUACAUUUGACUGUUCUUGGUUUUGACUUGCAAAUAUUUUUUAAGAAGUUGUUUUUUUUUUUUCCAGAGUGCUGUGUUGCCUACCAAAGAGAUGAGCCUUUUUGUGUAUAUUAUCUGCCUUGUUACAACUUUUGCAGUCUAUAAAUAGCAAGAGAAUAUUGAAAGUUUUUCUUUGGUUUGUUAAUUUUAGGAUAGUCUCAGAAACCAACAUUAAUUGGAACAGAAGUUAAUGGGGGUGAAAAGAGCUUAUUUGUAGAAGAUGCAGAGCGAGUUAUCAUUGUAUGUAGUAGUGUGUGCGUUGUGUUCAGUGCCACUGAAACUUUAAACAGCCUGUUGAGCUAGAUUCUGUUACUAGGGAACCAAGGUAAAUGAAUCUAAAAGAGGUUCCCUCUUGUCCUGAGUCAUAGUACUGUUGGCUUGGGAAUGAAACUGAAAACUCUUUACUUAAAUUCAAGAUGUAUCUGCCCUGAAGAUAGGUAAAAGCUUCUGCUAUU